GGGCUUGCCUGGCACCAGCUUAGGCUCUGUAAGUGCCGGGAAGGGAGAAAAACUAUCACGGAGUAUCCGCAGUUCCUGGUUGUGUUCAUGUCGCUAGCCUUGGACCCUGCUCCUGGCACCUGUUCCAGAUCCCCUGAACUUGAUGGAGUGCCAUGAGUGUGCUCAGAGACUACUACUACUGAAUGUCCACUGCGCAUUAUUAACCAUAUCACACUCAUCUGCUGCGGGCUGCGAAGCUCUCUGUGGAAGUUCCGACCAUCAUCCGUGAGGAUGGUUACUUCCGCCGUCUACACUUCACUUUGAGGCAGACUGCCCAGGAGCAGGACUAUUCCUGUCUUUUGCGCUCUGGAACUGUGUGAAUCUUUCACCAGCGAUACGAUAUCGGCAACUGACGAUGAGGUUCAUUUCGGGGCAGAAGCCCCAAAACGCGAUCGUCGAAACGCGCCAGGAGAUCCCCAUCGAUCAGCUCUCCGGCAAAGAAGCUGUGGCCGACAAUAACGAAGAGGAACGUCAACUGUCGCUCUGGUAUGUGCUUCUACAUCAUAAAGCACUCGUCUGGUGGUGUUUCUUCUUCGCUGUAAGCGCGAUCGGAUGGGGCUUCGAUGCACAGGUGAAUAGCGCCGUUAUCUCGGUGCCCGCAUUCCGCACACAGUUCGGUUAUCUGCACCAUGGCAAGCAGAUAAUCCCUGCGCCAUGGGUGAGCGCGUUCAACAUGAUCUCCUCCAUCGGCCAAUUCUUUGGCGGCUUCCUCUGCAGCAGCGUCGUGGACCGUAUCGGCCGACGGCGGGGGCUAGCGAUCGGCAUGGUCAUCUCGUGUGGAGGCAUCCUGGGCGAGGUCUUCUCCACUCAUCGUGUCGCCUUUCUCGUCAGCAAAUGGAUUGUAGGCGUCGGUCUUGGCUUCUACUUGACCAUCGGCCCGCUGUACUGCUCCGAGGUCUCACCCGUCGUCCUGCGUGGCAUUACCACUGCAGGGGUGAAUCUGGGCAUCGUUGUCGGUCAAUUGUUAUCGAAUGCUGCCAUUAGAGGCUUUGGCUGUCGGGACGAUAGUUGGGCCUACCGGGGCCCCUUUGCCAUUCAGCUGUUCUUCAUUGCUUUCUUUGUUUUUGGUCUUCCGUUCUCUGUAGAAUCGCCAUGGUAUCUGGUGCGUCGCAACGAUAUCGACGGUGCUCGCCGCGCAUUGCAAAGGCUAUAUGGCAAAAACACAGAUGUCGAGACUAAGCUGAAGGCCAUGCUGAGCAGCACUGCUGAUGAAGCGACUCUCCAGAAACCGAGAUGGGUGGACUGUUUUCGUGGCACUGACUGUCUCAGGACCUUCAUUUCCAUUGGGGUCUUUAUCUGCCAGCAACUCAGCGGCAUUAUCUUCGUUAUGGGGUUUUCGACGUAUCUAUUCCAGCUUGCUGGCGUGGCGGUGUACAGCUCUUUUGAUUUGGGAAUCGGGGUCACUGCCUGCGGCGUGAUGGGAACCAUUGUCUCCUGGUUCGUGGUCAACUCCUGUGGGAGGCGAAAAAUCUUCCUAGCCGGGAUGGUGGGACUUACGGUAUGUCUCCUCUUGAUCGGAAUAUUGGAUGUGGUCCCCACGCGGGCAGCGGGUUGGAUGCAGGCAUCUUUUACGGUCGUCUACGCGCUCAUAUACCAAGCCACCAUUGGAUCAGUUGCAUUCGUGCUUCUUGGUGAAGUCUCAUCCACGAGACUACGAGCGAAGACUACCGCUCUUGCUACAGCGACACAGUCCGCUUUCGGAAUUGCGAUGAACGUUGCUGUUCCAUAUAUGGUCAAUCCCGAUGCGGGGAAUAUGAAUGGGAAGGUAGGGUUUGUCUUUGGGGGUCUGGCGCUGGCAUGCACAGUCGUUUCUUACUUCUACAUACCGGAGUUAAAGGGGCGCACCUUCGACGAAAUCGAUACACUGUUUGUCAACCGUGUUUCGCCGAGAAGGAUGGGUCAUUAUCUGAUCAACCACUACUGAUUGUACUACUUCUUAUGACAUAGAUUCAGGGCCGUGUAUCUUUACUACAUGGAUUUUAAUAACUAAUCCUCUAAACCAAUGAAAGAGUGUGGUUUCCUCAAGAA